ACAACUCUUUCCCUCUAUAAGCGCCGCGAAGAAGAGAAAUGGCCGCCGGGGACACGUUUAAAACAACCAGCGGAAAACUAACGUUGUGGGUUCGCAGUUUCCUUUUAUCGGCGAUAAAACUGUCGAUAAAAACGCAGGAAAUCGUAUAAAGCACGUGAUUUCUAUGAUUUCCUGUCGCGUUGAUGAUGUAGCGUGGAGUAGACGCAUUCUUAAAAGAAGGAAAAGAGACAUAAGGAAUACGAUUUGUUAUUGGAAGUCCGUUUGACGCGAGAACACACACGCACACACACACACACGCGGAUAUGAUGGAUUUCAGGAAAAAGCACCUCGUUUGGAGCCGCAGCAGAAGAUAUCGUUACCGAUGGGUUCGAAGGCUGAGGAUACGCUGAAAACGUUCCUGUCGAGCAGCGACGCUUCAGACCAUCUAUGGUUAUCCAACAGUCCGUCAAAGUCCUUUGCAGAGAAUCGACAGGACGGGUCUGGAUCUGAAGGCUCGGUGGUGUCAGGCCCCAGCUCGCCUUCUGCUGGCCUUCACUCGCUGAGGUGCAGGAUGUGCCAGAGGCUUUUCUCCAGAAUGAAGAGGCAUGGGCCUCUGAGAAAAAAAAGACAAGAUGACCAAGAUGAUCCGGCCUCGCUCUCAUGUGAUGAGUGGCUGCUGAAUAAAAAACGGUGUCCACAGAGAAUCCGGCGAUCGCGAGGGAGGUUAUGGGUGUACCUGAAGCACAUCCGGCUGCGAGCUCUGAAGCAGUUGGAAGAUGGCAUGGAAAAUCCAGCGUUGCCACGUUGCUCCAGACCUCACGUGUUUCUGCAGAGAAACCUGCGGCGCUGCAAAAAGGUGUUUCGAAAGCCUUCCAAAAGCAAAUCGAGACCGCCCCACCGGCGCAGAAGCUCAGGAAAACCUCCACUGCCUUCGCACAGCAGAAUAUCAGCUGCUCAGAGGCGAAAAAAGAGAAAGUCCUCAGAAACAGAUGACGCAUCGGAGCAACAUUUCCCGCUGGAUCUCAGCAAUACCUCUAAAGAAAAGUCGCACGUAUUUGACAACGUUCACCACGAAGCAUUGCAGAGGUUGGAGAAAGUUUCCAAGAAGCAAUGUGUUGGUGACGUGAGCAGCUUCGUGGAAACGCAGGCUCAGGGUGGCGGUUUGGAAGGAACUCGUAGGGUGCUGAAGUUUGACCCGCACACAGAGCAAGGAAAUCGGAGCGAGAGCGCAGGAGAGGAUUUUACAGUGAAGGACGAAGAUCAUUCCAGCAGGCUAGAUGAUGAGGUGUUUCGAACACCACCGGAGCUCCUCGGUACGGAUUUGACGGCCACCACGAAGAGCAGGCUGUCGAGUCCAUUCAGAGGGCGGAAACACAGCUUCAGGGCCAUGUUAGCCUCACUGACGCGUGGUCAGAACCAGAUUAUUAAGGAGACCCAUUGACCUACAGAUGCUUCAACAAAUUUGCUUAUUUUCUCAAAUACAAUUUCUUCAACCUAAAUACAACUUAAUGUACGAUUUCAAAAAGGUGGAGUGAGACAACGUUUGUGUUUUGCAACAAGAUUAAAAAAAAAAAAACCCUUCCAGACUUUCCAUCAGCAGUUCCUUUAACACUGAUCUUGUUAAAAAAAAAACAAAGACUGGCAAAUACUAAGAGCAAAAGCCACUGUUUUUUUAGUGUUAGUUUAUAGAGAAAAUGUUUAUUUAUAAAUGUAAAUACAUUUGGAUUGAUCUGGAUUCAUUUUUCGUUGUUUUGAAAGAAAAAUAAAUACAGUUUAAUAGG